AUGGACGUGGACAUGGACGUGGACAUGGACGUGGACGUGGACGUGGACAUGGACGUGGACGUGGACAUGGACGUGGACAUGUUGACGUGGACAUGGACGUGGACUGGACGUGGACGUGGACGUGGACGUGGACAUGGACGUGGACAUGGACGUGGACGUGGACAUGGACGUGGACAUGGACGUGGACAUGGACGUGGACGUGGACAUGGACGUGGACAUGGACGUGGACAUGGACGUGGACGUGGACGUGGACAUGGACGUGGACGUGGACAUGGACGUGGACGUGGACUGGACGUGGACAUGGACGUGGACAUGGACGUGGACAUGGACGUGGACAUGGACGUGGACAUGGACGUGGACGUGGACGGACGUGGACUGGACGUGGACAUGGACGUGGACGUGGACGUGGACGUGGACAUGGACGUGGACAUGGACGUGGACAUGGACGUGGACGUGGACAUGGACGUGGACAUGGACGUGGACAUGGACGUGGACGUGGACGUGGACGUGGACAUGGACGUGGACAUGGACGUGGACGUGGACGUGGACAUGGACGUGGACGUGGACGUGGACGUGGACAUGGACGUGGACAUGGACGUGGACGUGGACAUGGACGUGGACAUGGACGUGGACAUGGACGUGGACGUGGACGGGGUGGACGUGGACAUGGACGUGGACGUGGACGUGGACAUGGACGUGGACAUGGACGUGGACGUGGACGUGGACGUGGACAUGGACAUGGACAUGGACGUGGACAUGGACGUGGACAUGGACGUGGACAUGGACGUGGACAUGGACGUGGACAUGGACGUGGACGUGGACGUGGACGUGGACAUGGACGUGGACAUGGACGUGGACGUGGACGUGGACGUGGACGUGGACGUGGACGUGGACGUGGACAUGGACGUGGACGUGGACGUGGACGACGUGGACAUGGACGUGGACAUGGACGUGGACAUGGACGUGGACGUGGACGUGGACAUGGACGUGGACGUGGACAUGGACGUGGACGUGGACGUGGACGUGGACAUGGACGUGGACGUGGACGUGGACAUGGACGUGGACGUGGACGUGGACGUGGACAUGGACAUGGACGUGGACGUGGACAUGGACGUGGACGUGGACGUGGACGUGGACAUGGACGUGGACAUGGACGUGGACAUGGACGUGGACGUGGACGUGGACGUGGACGUGGACAUGGACGUGGACAUGGACGUGGACAUGGACGUGGACAUGGACGUGGACGUGGACAUGGACGUGGACGUGGACGUGGACGUGGACAUGGACGUGGACAUGGACGUGGACAUGGACGUGGACAUGGACGUGGACGUGGACAUGGACGUGGACAUGGACGUGGACAUGGACGUGGACGUGGACGUGGACAUGGACAUGGACGUGGACAUGGACGUGGACGUGGACGUGGACGUGGACAUGGACGUGGACAUGGACGUGGACAUGGACGUGGACAUGGACGUGGACAUGGACGUGGACGUGGAGGACGUGGACGUGGACAUGGACGUGGACGUGGACGUGGACGUGGACAUGGACGUGGACGUGGACGUGGACGUGGACGUGGACGUGGACAUGGACGUGGACAUGGACGUGGACAUGGACGUGGACGUGGACGUGGACAUGGACGUGGACGUGGACGUGGACGUGGACAUGGACGUGGACAUGGACGUGGACGUGGACAUGGACGUGGACAUGGACGUGGACAUGGACGUGGACGUGGACAUGGACGUGGACAUGGACGUGGACAUGGACGUGGACGUGGACGUGGACAUGGACGUGGACGUGGACAUGGACGUGGACAUGGACAUGGACGUGGACACGUGGACGUGGACGUGGACGUGGACGUGGACGUGGACAUGGACGUGGACAUGGACGUGGACAUGGACGUGGACAUGGACGUGGACAUGGACGUGGACGUGGACGUGGACGUGGACAUGGACGUGGACAUGGACGUGGACAUGGACGUGGACAUGGACGUGGACGUGGACAUGGACGUGGACGUGGACGUGGACAUGGACGUGGACGUGGACGUGGUGGACAUGGACGUGGACAUGGACGUGGACAUGGACGUGGACAUGGACGUGGACUGGACGAGGUGGACGUGGACGUGGACGUGGACAUGGACGUGACGUGGACGUGGACGUGGACAUGGACGUGGACAUGGACGUGGACAUGGACGUGGACGUGGACAUGGACGUGGACAUGGACGUGGACAUGGACGUGGACAUGGACGUGGACGUGGACGUGGACAUGGACGUGGACGUGGACAUGGACGUGGACGGACGUGGACGUGGACAUGGACGUGGACGUGGACGUGGACGUGGACAUGGACGUGGACAUGGACGUGGACAUGGACGUGGACGUGGACAUGGACGUGGAUGGACGUGGACAUGGACGUGGACGUGGACGUGGACAUGGACAUGGACGUGGACAUGGACGUGGACAUGGACGUGGACAUGGACGUGGACGUGGACGUUGGACGUGGACAUGGACGUGGACAUGGACGUGGACGUGGACAUGGACGUGGACAUGGACGUGGACAUGGACGUGGACGUGGACGUGGACGUGGACAUGGACGUGGACAUGGACGUGGACGUGGACGUGGACAUGGACGUGGACGUGGACGUGGACGUGGACAUGGACGUGGACAUGGACGUGGACGUGGACAUGGACGUGGACGUGGACGUGGACAUGGACGUGGACAUGGACGUGGACGUGGACAUGGACGUGGACGUGGACGUGGACGUGGACGUGGACGUGGACGUGGACAUGGACGUGGACGUGGACGUGGACGUGGACGUGGACGUGGACGUGGACAUGGACGUGGACAUGGACGUGGACAUGGACGUGGACAUGGACGUGGACAUGGACGUGGACGUGGAGACGUGGACGUGGACAUGGACGUGGACGUGGACGUGGACGUGA